CUGCUGCACGCUUCUUGCUCUAGCGCUGUACAGACGAGGUCGACCCGAAGCUGAACUUUUCUUGUCCUGAUUGUUUUUAUUAUUCUCGAUUUUUCUUUUGCACGAGAAUCCGCGGGUGUCAAUUGUGUGCUGUUAUUUGUGCAUCAGCAUGGCAGUCGUCAUCCGUUUACGAGGCCUGAGAGUCACAGCAGGUACUGAGGAUAUUCGCAAGUUCUUCACUGGCCUCAAAAUUCCGGAUGGAGGGGUGCAUAUAAUUGGUGGGGAGCGAGGGGAAGCUUUCAUUAUCUUUGCUUCGGAUGAAGAUGCAAGAAGAGCCAUGACACGGUCGGGGAACUGCAUUAAGGAUGCCCCUGUUGCACUACUACUCAGUAGUAAAGCAGAGAUGCAGAGCAUGCUUGAAAGAAGUGCAGAAAAUGCGGAGCUGGAUCAGAGGAGGCGAUUUGAGGAGAAUGCAAGACCUGCUAAAAGACCUUUUGGCCCUGAGGCGAGCAGGAGAUCAGGUAGCCAAUCAGGUCAUUCCCCUUCGCCAAAGAUUCAGAGGCCUUCAAACAGUAUUGAUGACUUCUCGUGUGUCUUUCUUAAAGGAUUGCCUUACACUGUGACUGAAAAUGAGGUACGCAAAUUUUUCAGCGAUUUACUUGUUGACGACAUUGUCUUGUUAAAAAAUGAAAAUGGCUCAAACAAUGGGAGAGGGCUCGUCAAAUUUGCAACAAGGGAGGAUGCCAAUGAAGGCCUGAAGCGGGACAGGAAUUACAUUGGGUCGAGGUAUAUUGAGAUUACCGUGACAACAGCAGAUGACUGGCAUCGCACUACUGGCCGAGCUCCAAUGGUUGUCAAUAGGAACAACUUUGAAAGGGAGAGAUCACCCAUUCGUAAUCAGAGGAAUCCACAAAUCCAUGCCCGGGCACAAUCGCCCAUGGCCCAGAUGCUCAUCCCUCCAGACGACGAGUACUGUGUGUUGUUGGACAAUCUGUCCUUUACUGUGGAAAAAGAAGACAUAAAAAGGCUCUUUCAUCAUACAAAGCUUGAGGAUGACCAGAUCCUGCACUUGAUGGACAAUGAAGGAAGAAGAACUAGAUCAUCGUUUGUGCUGUUCAAGAAUCAGCGCGACUACUGCGAGGCCUUAACUCAAGAAAAGAGACUAUUUUUAAAUCGAUGGGUUAAUACCCGCCCAAUCUCUAGAGAGAGCAUGAUCAACCUACUGGAAUCUCACAGCAUGGAUGCCCGUCCCCCUGGAAACUCUGAACGGUUACAGGAAAGGGCUCCCUCUUCCCCCAGUGAUCAUGAUGGGUCUGAGAAACAAUGUCUGUUUGUUCGGAACAUGCCACUAGAUGUAAGGAAAGUUGAGAUAAUCGACUUCUUUUUUGGGUUUAGUAUCACAGAGGAUAAGGUGUUCUUGCUGCUUGACCAUGAAGGUGCUGGGGUCGGGAAAGCUUUGGUUCUUUUUCGUUCUGAGGCAGAGGCCACAAGGGCACUUUCUCUGAAUGGACAACGCUUCCUUGGGUCAGAAGUUAUACUGAAAUGCAUUUCACGCUCCCAGAUGAAGCAGUUGGGUGUUGAUCCAGCAAUGGGGCAGGGGCCAAGACAGGAGUGGCCCUUGGGCAGGAGCAACGAGUCCCCCUACCACUCAGUUGACAAGUUCCCUGACCUAAGGAUGUCUAAUGAGAGCAAUAUAUCAAUGAAUAAUGUACAGGUCCAGGGAGGCCGUAAUUAUGAACCCUUUGCCAGGGGCUCUUGUGGUCCACAGGACAGGGGGAAUGGCUUCCGUGGUGACUUUGGCCCCUCAAUGCAGCCAAUUGAUGGUCCAACCUGUGUAAAGUUAGUCAACUUACCAUUCCAAAUAAGAACUGAAGAAAUCUAUGACUUCUGUUAUGGAUACAGCAUCAUACCUGGAUCUGUGUCACUGCAGUAUGAGCAGAGUGGAAGACCUACAGGCACUGCGACUGUAGUAUUCCAAUCUCGUCCGGAGGCCGUAACAGCAGUGGAGGAACUGACUGGAAGACCAAUAGGUCCAAGAAAAAUAAAGCUUCUGUUUGUUUGAAAGUGAUAUCGCUUUUAAAGGACACUGACUGGCCCCGAAGUGCCGUUUAGACACAGGCCCAAAGUUGAUUUCUACAUAGUUGAAGUAAAAUAAGCUGUUGCAAUUGUUUCCUCUUCUUGAUCGAUAGCAUGGGUUAAUAGAACCAAAUAUAACUUGGCUGUAUUUUCCAACAGCAUUUAGUUUUCUUGUGUUUGGGCAAUGUAGUCGACUGUUGACUAAAUAUUGAUUUAUCUUUAGUUCUUUUAUACGAAAUAUUUUGUUUCAUCACAGUUUGUUAAAUGUGAGAAUUUAAUUCUACUUUAGUGGUUAUCUUUUGUAAUGUUUUUUUAUGUAUAAAAAAAUCUUUGAGGUAUUGUCAGAUAUGUAAUUUUGCUUGCUGACUUCCACCUGUAAAUAAAGUGUUUCUGUUAUGA